AUGGCUUCACGACCAGAGCUAAAGCUCGAUGACGAAGGCGGUUUCAUUCGCUUCUUCAAGUCUCUACCAGCCGUUAACGAAGACACAAUCCGCAUCUUUGACCGAGGAGAUUGGUACACUUCUCAUGGCCAAGAUGCCAACUAUAUCGCAAAGACUGUCUAUAAGACAACUUCUGUUGUACGACAGCUCGGCCGAAAUGACCACACCGGACUGCCCUCAGUCACCAUGACCAUGACCGUGUUCCGACAAUUCCUACGAGAAGCCCUACUCAAGUUGGGUAAGCGAAUCGAGAUUUGGCAGAGCGCUUCCGGCCGCAUGAACUGGAAGUGCAUCAAGCAAGCGUCACCAGGCAACCUCCAAGAUGUAGAGGAUGAUUUAGGAGGCCAGAUUGAGUCUGCCCCUAUGAUUCUCGCAGUCAAGAUCUCAGCAAAAGCUUCCGAAGCUCGCAACGUUGGCGUCUGCUUUGCCGAUGCUAGCGUACGAGAACUGGGCGUCAGCGAGUUUCUCGACAAUGACCUAUACUCCAACUUUGAGGCACUCCUUAUUCAGCUUGGUGUUCGUGAAUGUUUGGUGCAAGUCGACAAGGGUGAAAAGAAGGACGACAAGGAGAAGGAUCCUGAGUUGGCCAAGUUGAAGAAGAUCAUCGACAACUGCGGUGUCGCCAUCGCAGAGAGACCAGCAGGCGACUUCGGCAUUCGAGAUAUCGAACAGGACCUGGCACGCUUACUCAAAGACGAACGAUCAGCAUCUCUACUACCACAAACAGACCUCAAGCUCGCCAUGGGCUCCGCAGCAUCUCUCAUCAAGUACCUCGGCGUUCUACAAGACCCUUCCAACUUUGGCCAGUACCAACUGUACCAGCAUGACCUGGCGCACUUUAUGAAGCUCGAUGCAGCUGCGCUCAAGGCCCUCAACCUCAUGCCAGGUCCUCGAGAUGGAUCCAAGACGAUGAGUAUCUUUGGCGUUCUGAACCACUGCAAGACACCAGUUGGCAGCAGACUUCUAGCACAAUGGUUGAAGCAGCCUUUGAUGAGCAAGAAUGAGAUCGAAAAGCGCCAGCAGUUGGUGGAAGCUUUCUAUGUCGAUACUGAACUUCGCCAAAUGUUACAAGAAGAGCACCUUCGAUCUAUUCCUGAUCUUUACAGACUCUCAAAACGAUUUCAACGAGGCAAGGCCAAUUUGGAGGACGUCGUUCGUGCAUACCAAGUUGUCAUCCGCUUACCUGGGUUUAUCGGUACUUUCGAAGGUGUCAUGGAUGAGAAUUACAAAGAUCCCCUCGACGAAGCGUACACUACCAAGCUUCGCGACCUUUCUGAUAGUUUGGGCAAACUGCAGGAUAUGGUAGAGCAGACAGUCGAUCUCGAUGCUCUUGAUCGCCAUGAAUACAUCAUCAAGGCCGAUUUCGACAAGAGCCUGCGUGUUAUUCGUAAGAAGCUAGACCAGCUCGACAAGGAUAUUCGAGCCGAGUUCAUAGCCGCCGCCAAGGACCUAGGCCAGGAGGCAGACAAGAAGAUCUUCCUCGAGACUAGCCACAAGGUUCAUGGAGUGUGCAUGCGUCUUACGCGACAGGAGGCUGGCUGCAUCCGAAACAACUCCAAAUACCAGGAGUGCUCGACACAAAAGAACGGUGUCUACUUCACUACCAAAAAGUUGCAAGCCUACCGACGCGAGUACGACCAGCUGUCUCAAAAUUACAACAGGACGCAAAGCAGCCUCGUCCAUGAAGUUGUUCAGGUUGCCUCCUCUUACUGUCCCGUUCUGGAACGACUUGCUGGUGUGCUUGCUCAUUUAGACGUGAUUGUUUCUCUCGCUCACGCCUCAGUGCAUGCUCCUGAGUCCUAUGUCCGACCCAAGAUUCAUGCUCGUGGCGAGGGCCAAACGAUACUUCGCGAGGCUCGUCACCCUUGUAUGGAGCUUCAAGAUGAUGUUCAAUUCAUCACCAAUGAUAUUGAGCUUACGCGCGAUAAGUCUUCGUUCCUUAUUAUUACCGGUCCCAACAUGGGCGGUAAGUCGACGUAUAUUCGACAAACUGGUGUCAUCGCUCUUAUGGCUCAGGUUGGAUGUUUUGUGCCAUGUGCAGAGGCCGAGUUGACUAUCUACGAUUCAAUUCUGGCUCGUGUAGGCGCAAGCGACUCCCAGCUCAAGGGCGUUUCGACUUUUAUGGCCGAGAUGCUUGAGACAGCCAAUAUCCUCAAGUCAGCUACCUCGGAGUCCUUGAUCAUUAUUGACGAGCUCGGACGCGGCACAUCGACCUACGAUGGAUUUGGUCUGGCAUGGGCAAUCUCGGAGCACAUUGUUAAGGAAAUUGGCUGCUCUGCCAUGUUUGCUACUCAUUUCCACGAACUCACAGCCCUUGCCGAACAGUACCCCCAGGUGCAGAACCUUCACGUCACGGCGCACAUCGGCGGCACUGACGCAGCAGCUUCGGAAGCGGAUGCCAAACGGGAAGUGACCUUACUGUACAAGGUGGCACCCGGCGUGUGCGACCAGAGUUUCGGCAUUCACGUUGCUGAGCUGGUCCGCUUCCCAGACAAGGUGGUCCGCAUGGCCAAGCGCAAGGCCGACGAGCUUGAGGACUUUACUACCAAGCACGAAGAUCUGGCCUUGCAGUACAGCAAACAGGACAUGGAGGAUGGUAGUGCCAUGCUGAAGCGAGUCCUGGUGGAGUGGAAGGACAAGGUCAAGGCGGGUGGUAUGAGCCGAGAGGAGCAAGUUGCUGCUCUGAAGGAGCUUGUCGGGGCAAACAAAGACUUGCAGGCAAACCCUUUCUUCCAGUCUGUCAAGGCUCUGUAG